CCAAUCUGGUAUUUAGAUAUAUCAUACUACCUACCUACAAUCUGACCUUCACCGAUGAUCUGAGGGACCGCAACUCAGAGAAAUUUGUAGCAAUCACCACAGACUUCUGCCUUGGGAUGGAGAAAUUGUUUGAUCAAAGUAUCCAUGGUUACAGAUUCUAUAGCUGCAAGGUUCACGCUAUCAGAGACGACCCACCUACCAUAACAGUCAGUGUCGGCUACAUUGGGGGCGAGUGGCCAGGGAUAGACGGCGGCAUACAGUGGGUGAUUCGUCGACACGCCCCCUUACUCUACGUUCCUGAUACUUACCAUGGCUUCUUGGAGGUUUAUCGAGUGGGAAACAAUCCUCUCCGAAUCCACUUCUACAUUGUCUUCCAUGGAACUGUCAUAGAAGGUCUGACCUCAUCAAUUAUAGCGGUAAUCCGCCAGUUUGGCCAACCUGUUUACUAUCUGACAUUUUUGGCUUACAUUGUUGGCGAUAUUUUGGUUUUACCCGAGGAGUUGCCAGUUGGACCGUCUGUGUUUCCAACUAACAUCACAACUUUGGCUUCCUCAACUCUCUACUCGUCAAUGACAUCCUUACAUGACACCGCCCUGUCUUCAGCGUCAACAACAGCCAUUUCAACUCAGUCUGGUGUAGUUCUGGUGCUGUACUACGAAGUCUACAAUCUAACAUUCACGGAAGAUCUAAGAAACCCGGGAUCUGAACUCUUCAAGCGACAAAGACAAGCCCUCUGUGAUGAUUUAACACAAUGGUAUACAGCGAGAAACAGUCCGUUCAUAGACAGCUUCCGUGUCUGCGACCUCAUAUCCUUCAACCCAAGUCCUACAGGGGUGACGUUCUCCCUACAGUUUGAUACGCCACUGACCGACAACUUUGCUCAUGCAGUCCGCAC